CUACUAGAUGGCCUAUAUUAUCAUCAUAUAUUUUGCAGGUGAUGUUCAUUUACAUGAACAUCUUUAUGCACUUCCUUCUACGAGUCAAGAGACUGCCGCACCAAAACCUAAUGAAGCUGAUGUCUCGUUACAAGAGGUUCAACACUCAGUUUCUCCAGUAAUAAUACAGUCAACAACAGUACCUGCUAAGCUUGAAAUUGAAGCGGAUGUUUCUUUACAAGAACGUCAACACCCAGUUUCUCCUUCAACAGUGCAGUCAACAACAGUCACUGCAGUACAUAGCGUUGAAGGUCAAUUUGGAUAUAAGUACUUAACUUAUUUUUCAGCGGAUGUUUCUUUACAAGAACGUCAACACCCAGUUUCUCCUUCAACAGUGCAGUCAACAACAGUCACUGCAGUACAUAGCGUUGAAGCUGACGUCUCUUUACAAGAACGCCACCCAUUUUCUGCGUCGACGGUGCAGACAGUGCAGUCAACAACAGUCAGUGCUAAACAUAGCAUUGAAGGACUCUCUCGCUCCAGAAAGCCAUUGAUGGACAUCACCCACCGGUACAAUGUCGCCGGUACAAGUAAAUUCUCCGAGGAACAUAUUUCAGCAGAACAACAUGUCACUGACAAAUUGUCAGACCCUGUCACCGGCAAAGAGUCCACGAAUGCCCCGUUGGCCCACACGUCAAAGCGACUUACCACGAAAGAUACUUCGUCAGUACGAGAGUUUAACUCAAAAACUCGACGCUUCAUAAAACAGACGAAACAAAUCGCUGCAGAGAGUCUCGGCCAAACAGCAGCGGAGAGGCUCCAAAGUGCACAUGAACAUGCAAGCCUAGAUAUUCUUCAGGAUUUUGAAAAACUUAACAAAAAGGCUAAGGCCUUUUUAUUAAUGCAACUGAGACUUGCAAGAAAAAACAAGAUGGCAAGAAGAUUUACUUUUCAAGACAAAUUAUUCGCGCUCGCGUUGAUGAAGCAAAGUCCCAAGGGAUAUAAAUUAUUAGAAAAUAUUUUUGCUUUACCGACGAAAAGAACAUUAGCGCGCGUCUAUACAGUACAGGUAGCUGGACAUGAUUUAUUUAUAUUUCAUGACCCACCACAUUUAUUAAAAUCCAUCAGGAACAAUUUUCUGGACAAGGAUAUUGUCUACAAUGGGAAAAUAGCGUCGUGGAAGGACAUUUUAUAUGUGUACGACACGGACAUGCAAGGCGGUCACACUAGAGCGCUACCAAGACUGACGGCAGAUCACGUCGACCCAAAGAAGAUAAAAAAGAUGAAAGUAAAAAUGGCGGCUCAAGUUUUAAGCGCCCGAACUGCUGCAAUGCUGAAAUUUACCGACAGUGUUCACAAACGAGUGAAUAGUCCACAAGAGACGAUGGAGACGACAGCUGAGGUCGUCUUGUUUUUUGACGAGCUUUUUGACAGCGUCAAUGGAUCGCCGGGCCAAGGCAAAGGCAAACUCAGAUGUGCCGUCAAAGAAACUUCAAGCCAUAAGGAUUUUUGGCUAAAUGCUAUAAGAACAUUGCAAAGUAUGACAUUUUUGGACCGUAACAGCAAACUAGCGAUACGUAAUGGCCAGCCAAGGCAUGUACGCGUUCCGUGCUUGGAAGGGUGGAUAACCACAUUAAAAAGUUUCCUAGGAUUAUCAAAAAUAUUAUUUUCUACAUACAAAGUCAAAUACUUUUACCCUCGUUUUGUCAAUCAGGAUCCGAUCGAAAACUUCUUUGGUCGUAUAAGAGCAAUUAAUUACAGAAAUGUAAAUCCCGACGCAAACACUUUUAUAUAUUCUUUUAAAUCUAUAGUCCUCUCAAAUAUCUUGACUCCACAGUCCACAUCAAUGAACUGUGAAGAUGAUGACGGCGAAACCCUAAUCAAUUUAAGUAAUCUGUUCUUCACUACAUCACCUCAGGAUGAGAAAGAAAACUGGCCCAGAAAUGUAAAUACGCCAUCAUCGUCUUCAGUCACCUUGUUCCGUCAGGACAAAAUGAAUUAUAGAGAAGUUGUAACGGAGAGAAUGAACGUCCAAACGUCCGCGUAUACGGCGGGAUACAUAUGCCGAAAAAUAACAAAAAAAGCAAACUGUAAUGAAUGCGCAAAAAGUUAUACAACUGAAGAAAAGCAAGGGAUCCAUGAAUACAUAAAACAUAGGGAGUAUAAGAGAUUGAAAAAUGCCAAUUUGAAAUACCCAAAUUCGCGAAUGGUAUGUUUGUAUAGAGAAUGUGCCCAAAUAAUACAUAAUUAUUUAAACGCGGCAUGCCAUUCAAAUGAUAUUAAAAAAAAAAUCAUUGCUAUAAUAAAAUCACGCUGCGAGUUGUCUUGGCUGGGCUGUAAAAGUCAUAAAAUAUUAAUAAAAAAAUAUUUUAUGACUUUAGUAAUACGGUUGCAAGUACACAACUGGUGUAAUAUCAUAAACAGAAUUUUAAAUGGUAAAAUUGAGGAGAAAUACAUUUUGAAAAUGCAUACUUUGCAUGUCACUGCGUAUAAAAAAUACAAAGCUCACCGCUUACGACAAAAAGCAACUAAAGAUUAA